CCGGGGCUCCGGGGCUCCGGGCCUCCGGGGCUCGUGGUUUCUUCGGAGAUGUCUUGGGUUCGAGCGGUUCCCGAGGUCCCGAGCCCUGGAGAUCAGGAUGUGUUUGAUGAGGAAGCGGACGAGACUCUGUUAGUGCAGCGUGAAUGGCAGGGACACAUGCGGAGACGAAUCCAAGAAGGUUACAGAAAUGGAGUAGAUGCCGGUAAAGCAGUUACUCUUCAACAGGGCUUCAAUCAAGGUUAUAAAGAAGGGGCAGAAGUCAUUAUAAACUAUGGACUACUCAGGGGAACAUUGAGUGCUUUGCUCUCCUGGUGUCACCUUCACAGUAAUAGUUCAACUUUGAUCAGUAAAAUAAAUAAUCUUCUGGAUGCAGUCGGCCAGUGUGAAGAGUGUGUGCUUAAACGUCUACAAUCAGUCACUCCACAGCCCCAAGUUACAGAUUUAUUGGACUCCAUUGAGGAUAUGGACCUUUGUCAUGUAGCCCCAGCUGAGAAAAAGAUUGAUGAAGCUAAAGAUGAAAGACUCUGUGAAAAUAGUGCUGAGUUUAACAAAAACUCUGACAAGCGUCCUAGCGGGAAAGAUUGUUCACCUUCAGACUGUUGCAGAACACAGGAGCACGCACAUAUGGAAAAACCAAGCCUCAGUUGGAUUCUAGAACAGACGACCAACUUAGUGAAACAGUUGGGACUAUCGGUAGACGUGCUGCAACACCUCAGACAACUAUAAAAUUGUCUCCCUUCUUUAGUGGGAGGAAGUUCAGAAUAUUCAUCAGAGCGAUGUGUGUCUACGUAAGAUGACCAUUGGUGUAACAGCUCACCUCUAGUUACCCCUGUGGGAUUAUGAGGGGUCUUCAGUGUUAACACUAGUAAAUGGAACAUAAGCCAUUAUCUUUGUUAUUGGUAACUUUUUAAAUUUUUAGAUAUAUUCAAAAAUCUCAUUGUCAUUUUCAAAUUUCUAAGACUUUCUACUUCUGUAUCCGGUGACAGUUUAGGGCCUCGUCACCAGCAACCAAACUAAAGUUGCCGAAAUAACCUAAAGGUUACCUAGAUAUAUAGAAGUAGAUGUGUAGUUAGCUAUACAGUAAAGUCAAGAGACCAGAGAAACUGACACUAUUGAUAUCAUUGAAUGAAUAAUCAAAAUAUUAAAAUUUACCUUGUUUACAUUUUGGUCAUAGAUGUUCAGUUCUAUGAAAAAUAGAAAAAAAUACAUUUUCAUUCUAGACUAUAAAGAACUGCUUAGUUUUCUAAGCAGUGAGGAGUUGGCCAUGUUUUCUUAAAACAGACUAUUUCUGAGCUGCAACCUUGUUACUUUCAUUGGAAUAAAAACACUAAGACCACUGA